AUGUCAAAAAUUUCAUAUAUUGAGUUUUUUCCCUUGCUACAUAGAGCCCGACACAAAGUUACAUCCUAUUAUGUUGUCCAACCGAAAAACCAGCAAAGUCUCGAGCAUUUAGCAUUUAAAAUUAUAGCCAUCUGGGGAAAAAUCAGACAUGUCCAAAUUGUACAGGGGAAGAAGUAGACAUGUCCCCGCUGAGUCAUGUGGUGUCGAUUCACAUUACUAGGUCAGCCAAUCAGCGUUUAGCUUUGGUAUAACAACAAAGUGCGUGCAAAAUGGCGGAUUGCUUUGACAGACCAGUUGUGACUGUAACGCCUCGAAAGCGAAAAAUUAAUGGAAGGAAAAAAGAUGCGGCAAAGAUUAAACGCAUAAAAAAUCACACAACAGGUGAGGAUUGCAAAUGCAGCCGUCUAAAAUGUUUUGAACAGAUAAGUGAAGCUGCAAGACUAUCACUUAUUGAGGGCUUCAACGCAUACUCAAGCAAAGACAGCCAAGAUGCUUAUCUGUCUACAAUGGUAGUAGUUUUCCCUGUAAAACAACGUAGGUGUAGGGAAGGUGCAGACGAAAAUUCUUAUAAACCUAAAGAGAUGAGUGUUAAGUAUGUCGUAAAGGUAUCAACAGGAACAUCAGUGGAACCAGUGGCAGUGUGUGUGAAAGCCUUUUGCUCGCUCUUCGGCAUCACAAAAAACCGUGUAGAAACAGUCCGCAAAGCAAUGUCAUUAACAGGUCAUGCACCACAAGAUGGAAGAGGAAAGCAUAACAACAGGCCACACAAAUUGACAGAUAAAACAGUAACACUGGUGUGUGGCCACAUAUCAUCUUUCCGGGGCAGACACAGUCACUAUGAAAUGGGGGAGACAAGAAAGUUGUACCUUCCACAUACCUUGAAUGUCGCCAAAAUGCAUCAGAUGUUUGUGUCAGUUCACCCUGAAACCAAGGUUUGUGUAUGUUUUUAUGUCAGUGACAGUGAAAUAGAGGAUAUUUUGAAGCUACUAUAUGUGCAUGCACGAAUACUAAUUUUUAAUUGCAGCUAAAUUUACAUAUCAAACCCAUCACAGCAUCUGUUGGGUUUGGCUUCUUUUAUUUUAAUUUAAUUUAUUUAUAUUAUCAGGGCAUAUUAUUACAAAAUUUUGCUACGAGCUCGAAAAUGUAAGCUUUUCUAAAAACUCUCAUACCUUGUGUUUAUAUAAAGCACACUACACCAAAUAACUUGAAUUAAUUUAAUUCCUUUAUUUUUAACAUUAUUUAAAGAUUACUUACAAAUAAAUUAGAUAUAAUAAAUUUUGAUUAGAUAUUUUAAAGACUAUUAAUGACACAAUGAAUGUAAUAAUUUAUAAAAAUAAAUCAAAGUUGACAAUCUAGAAUCUUUUAACACUGAUCAGAUAACUCAAAUUCUUCUU